UGACUAUGACAGUGGUUCUCUUUUUUCUUGUUAUGAAAUGUAUGUUUUCACUGGCAGCUGGUGUUAAGAACACUAGCACCAUCUUUGAAUUCUACCCUUGUCCCAAUGGAGGCACGGUUGGAGGCAGCCUGCAGCACUCCACUUGACAUGCCAUCCAGCAUCCCGGGAUUCUUGAAUGGGGACAUCAGAAUACCUGAACAGACACAGAAGGACUCCAAACUGCUGGGCGCUGGCAGUGCAGAUUGUCAUGCCAAGAAGCUGCAUAUCACUUGGCAGGUGUCCAAGAACAUUUCCCCAGCACUGACUGGAGCAUCUACCUCUGGUUCUGCGCCCCUGCGCUACAGCCAUUGCAACUACGGCGGCCCGAAGCGGCCCUGUCCGUUUCGUUACUUCGGACCGCUGCACCAGCCGCUGGGCAAGAACGGCCACGACCACGGCUUAUCGCCCCAGCCGCCUCGCGAGGCCAACGUGAAGAGGCUCUGCCUGGCGGGCACCGGGCAGAUGACGUCGGCUUUUCAGGAGAGCGCGAGGUCAUGCAAGCAGCAGGACGGUGAUGACGUCAGCGAUUAUUCCGGGGCGCCCACGCUGCACCGGCAGCACGGGUGCGACGUGUGCCUGAGGACCUUCUGGCGCGCCAGCGACCUGAUGCUGCACGUGCGCCAGCACGCGGAGGGCAGGUCGUGCGCGUGCGAUACCUGCGGCAGGACCUUCGCGCGCCAAGCCGACCUGACGCUCCACCUCCGGACGCACGAGCUCGAGAGGCCGUUCGCGUGCGAGGUGUGUGGGAAGGCGUUCACGGCGCAGAGCAAGCUGAACUUCCACGCGCGGAUCCACACCGGCGAGAAGCCGUUCGAGUGUGACACGUGCGGCAAGGCGUUCUCCCGGCAGACGGCUCUGAAGGACCACCUCCGAACGCACACGCGCGAGAGACCGUACCCGUGCGAAGUGUGCGGCAAGGCGUUCCUGCGGCAGUCGCAUCUGACCGCUCAUCUCCGGACGCACACCGGCGAGAGGGCGUACCGCUGCGACGUGUGCGGCAAGGCGUUCGUGCGGCAGUCUCACAUGAAGGUGCACUGCGACAAGGCGUACUGGCGGCAGUCGCACUUGGACGUCCACCUUCGGACCCACAGCGACGGCAACGGGCGGGCGUACGCGUGCGAGGUCUGUGGCAAGGCGUUCCCCUCGCAGAGCAAGCUGAAUCUGCACGCCCGCACCCACACUGGUGAGAGACCGUUCGUCUGUGGUAUUUGCGGCAAGGCGUUUGUGUCCAGGAGCAAGCUCAAUGUCCACUCUCGGAUCCACACGGGAGUCCGGCCGUACCCGUGCUUUGUGUGCGGCAAGGCGUUUAAGUACCAGCGAAAUCUCAAGAUGCACCUUCGCAUCCACACUGGAGAAAAGCAGUUUGAGUGCGAUUACUGUGACAAAUCGUUUUCUCGGCACAGUGCUCUGAAGGUCCACCUUCAGACUCAUACGGGCGAGAGGCCUUAUUCGUGUGAGACAUGCAGCAAAGCAUUUUGGCGGCAAUCGCACCUGAAGUCCCACCAGCGAACCCACACGGGUGAAAAGCCGUACUCGUGCGAAACCUGCGGCGCGUCAUUUGCCUAUCGGAGAGGUCUGAACGCUCAUGCUUUAACACACGCUUAG